GUUUGCCGACGGCUGUUGGUGACAUCAUUCUCUAUUUAGCGUCUUUAUUGAAACAUGAACUUUGUGGGUGUGGACAUUGGUGGAACCAGCGUGAAGGUCGGCAUUGUGUCGUCCGCCGGGGUUAUGUUGGCUCGCAGCCAACAAGACAUCGAAGACCGAUCGCCCGAAGCGAUCGUCGGCAUCGCCGUCAACUUGGCCCGGCAAUGCGCCACGGAAGCCAACGUGGAAUGGACCGACAUUGCUGGUUUGGGUGUGGGGUGCCCCGGCCAAGUGUCCAACGGGGUACUGGUCGCAGCCGCCAACUUUGCCACAUGGGACCACGUACCACUCGAGCUCAUGUUACACGAACGUCUGCAUGUGCCUUCCGUCUUGGUCAACGACGCCGACGCCGCCGUGGCCGCGGAACACUGGGUGGGCACUGCCUCGAACGUAAAGAACUUUGUCAUGCUCACGUUGGGCACGGGUGUUGGUUUCGGUGUUGUGAACGACGACAAGAUUGUGGCCGGUGGCACGGGCAUGAUUGAAGGGGGCCAUGUGAUUGUUGUGCCCAACGGCCGUGCCUGUGGGUGCACCCAAAAGGGAUGCCUUGAACGAUACAGUUCCGCAUCGGCCGUGAUUGACCAAGCCAAGCUCAAGGCUGUCGACCCCAGUACGACCGCUUCACUCUCUUCUUCACAUGCUCCAACAACCAGAUGCUCACCAUGCAUUAUUCGUCUAGCGUUGACGACGUCGCUUUCGCAAUUGAAGGUAGACAGCAUCACCGCCAAGGACGUGUUUGACGCCGCCGAUGCCGGGGAUCAAGUGUCCAAGGCCAUCAUUGAAGAAGUGGCCGAGUACUUGGGCUUUGCAUGCGUCAACUUUUGCCGUACGUUGGACCCUGAGAUGAUUGUCUUGUCCGGCGGCCUGGCUGAAGCUGGCGAGGCGUUCAUUCAGCAAAUUCGCGACGCCUACACCAAAUACACAUGGACGAAACUGCCCAACCCGGUAUGAUAGAAACUCCCCACACCAGUGCUUGAUCGCUCAUGGUGUCUGUCGUGACUGUUGCAGGUCAUCAUUGAAAAGGCCUCCGUGGGCUACGACUGCGGCAUCAUUGGUGCUGCCGCGUUCGCGUUCAAGGCCAACAAAACCAACUAAAGUAGUCACCACGAAGCUACAGUCAGUAUGUAGCUAGGCUCGCUAGUUCCAGUGUGUCUUGUCGUCUGUGAGUUGAAAUGAAAAAAAAUCGUCCUGUAUCCUGAAUCCUGGCGACAUAUAUCAUUCACUGUUAGUUCUUGUCGUGCAAAUUCAC